UAUGAGAACGAUAUGCCUCCGUCUGGUUUCACGAAAGACCAAUUGGAUGAGAUCAGGAGGACAUCAUUGGCUCGCAUUAUCUGCGACAACGGCGACAAAACUGAUUUUGUUCAGCCGUCGUCUAUGAUAGCGUCCGAUAUAUUUCUAAACGCGUUUCAAUACUGCAGUACCGGAACUAUUAAUAGCGUCGACUUAAAUAAGUGGCGAAGCAGUGAUCGAUUGGUUCAUUCAAUGUCUAAAAUCAAUAGAAACUUAUUGAUAGAAGAGCUGAAAAGAGCGCGAAGAGAAGUUCAAAGUCUUCGACAGUCGGAGAUGGAGAAUAUGCUUAAGAAGAAUGGUGUGGCCGCUCCUAACAGCCCACAGACCCGGCUCUCCGGCUUUGUUAGGCCCAAAAGACAGGCGCAGAUCAUUAAUAAUCAGUCACUUGUGUUAGAGUUAGCGACAAAUGGUUUAGUGAACUCAUUGUUAAGGGACGGACGCGACAGAGAAUUGGGUCGUUCUCUCGACGAGGAUAUUAAUGAUUUUGUUCAAUCGUUGCCUCAAAUGGACUUAAAUGAAUUGAUUGACAACCAUUUGUCGAGUAACGAUGAGAAGUCUCUGUCCAAGUGCUACGAAUCGAUCGUCCCGUGCGAUCACACGACACCUUUCCGGUCUAUAAGCGGUUUCUGUAAUAACAUUAAUAAUCCAGAGUUUGGCAAAAGUAUGAGAGUUUUUGACCGAAUCCUUCCUCCGGUAUAUGAGGACGGAAUCAAAGGUCAACGAAGAAGAGGAAAGUCGGGUAAAAGUCUUCCGUCGCCGCGAGUGAUCUCCACAUCCAUUCACGACGAUAUCAGUUCCCCACACGUCAGAUACGCGUUGGCAACAAUGCAAUGGGGACAGUUUCUCGACCACGACUUAACCUUCACACCCAUGUAUAUGGGAGCCGGAGAUUCGCUACUCGACUGCAAGUCGUGCUCAUCGCGAAAGACAGUACACCCGGAGUGUUGGCCCAUUCCUAUACCCAAAAACGACCCCUUCUUUCCUCCCGUCAACACCACAACUGGUGUCAAACAAUGCCUGCAUUUUGUUCGCUCACUCAAUGGCCAGACAACUCUUGGGCCGCGCGAACAGAUGAAUCAAGUGACCGGUUAUAUUGACGGAUCCAAUGUCUACGGAUCUGAUAUAUGCGAAGCCAAUAGUUUGCGUACAUUUCAAAGCGGAAGAUUGAAUUCAACUAAAAUGGUUGGACUUAAAGAUUUGUUACCACAAACUGCCACUCAUAUUGAAUGCAAGGCUCCGUCGGGUCUUUGUUUUAUGGCCGGCGAUAUGAGAGCGAGCGAACAGCCGAGUCUGGCCAGUAUGUCCUCAAUUGGCUUAACACUUAUUUAA